UCCUUCCUCGCUCUCUUUCGACAUCUCUCUCAUCUCGCUCACUACCACUUCUCUCUCUCUCAUCCCUCAACCGUCACCGUCUCUACUCCAUCUGGCCCCUCUUCGCCACCAUGUUGGCUCUCCUCGUGGCCCUCGCGGCCACGCUCAGGACUGCCAUCGCACUCGAUACCGCAUCUCAACUAGAGCCCAAGUCGCGUCCACCACCUCCUCAAGUCCCAGGCGGCAACCCUCUCGCAACUCUGGCCAGUGCUCUUGUCGCUGUCGUCCUCUACAUCCUCCAAACCAUCCAGGCUGCUGUUACUCUCGUCACAAUCGACAUACCAACAUCACUCGUCCGCAUGCUGCACUACUCGGCCACCAUCUCGCUCGGCUUCCCUCACUUUGCAGCACUCUUCAUCGGUCUGUCUGGAGUCAUAUUCUUCUUCGUCCGCUACAGGUAUCUCACUCGUUACACUGAGCUCAAGGAAGCAGCCCUUCCUCCCCCCUCUCCACCAAACCUCACUAACGAUCUCCCUCUUCUCCAAGAUCCUCUUCUUGCCAAUCCCACGCGCCGUCCCACCAACCCCCUCCACUCCUACCUCGAUGACUUCCUCUCCGCCAUUCGUAUUUUCGGCUACCUCGAGAAGCCCGUGUUCCACGAGCUGAGCCGUCAUCUUCAGACGCGCCGACUGGCUGCGGGCGAGACUAUCGAGAUCGGCGGCGGCGAGUUCUGGUGUGUCGUUGACGGUCACGUACAGGUGUACGCACCAUCGGGUGACACACCUCCUUCCCCCGACCCCUUCAACCCUUCCUCCUUCAACGGCUACAGUCUCAUCAACGAAGUCUCCACGGGAGGUACUCUCUCGUCUCUAUUCUCCAUCCUGUCGCUCUUCACCGAGGAAAUAAAACUUCCAUGGGCCGCCGACGACAGCGAAAGAGACAGCUGUUCGCCUCGUCUAUCCCGCGCAAACUCGGAUGUUAGUCAGUUGGAUGGCAAGAUAAUGGGCUUGAGCGUGGCGCAGGGCGCUUCGUCGCCAGGCAGCGAGACUCAUUCCCGCGAAUCGUCGGAAAUUGCAGAAUCCGGACGUCAGUCAGGCGAUGACCGCGGCCGCAAUCGCUCCAACUCCAUGAAUAUGGCCCAUGAGAAAUCAAAGCAGUCUAUCUCCCCCCAGGCUCAUCCCGCGCGUGGGUUUGACACAAACGGCGGCUCCCAGUCGCAGCCGAGCACAACUCCACACUCGCCCGCCAUUCCUCCAGACGGCAUCCGGCCUUCAUUCAAGCAACAGUUUCAGCGGGAUCGACACUACAGUGGAUCCGAGACGCCAGACUCGCGGCAACCUCCCACCCCUUUCAGUACUGUGGCCGUUGAAGGCACUGUCGCGCGCGCCACUGUGGACAGCACACUCGCAGUCAUCCCGAUCGAGGCCUUUAAGAAGCUCACACGCAAGUUCCCCAAGGCAACUGGCUCUAUCGUUCAAGUCGUGCUGGAGCGCUUCAGCCGUGUGACCUUCAUGACAGCUCACAAGUUCUUAGGGUUGACCAAGGAAAUUCUGCGCUCCGAGGCGACGCUCAACUCACUGGUCUCAUAUCCUCUUCCACGUUACUUUUACACAGGUGGGGGCAUGCAGGCUCUGCGAGAAAAGUUCCAGCCGGAGAGUAAGCCCACGCGCAAGUUCUCGACUACGAGCACCAGCGACUACUUUUCCGAGCAGCCGAGUCCCACGGUGAGGGCUCCGUCCCUCCCCUCGUCCACCCCACUCAAGUCGAACACACCCGCCGCCAAGCUGUCGCGACUUCCUUCGGAGUUGAUUCUGGAAACAGAUGAGACCUCGGUCGGCGAAGAGGUCAUCAGUCCGGUAUCCAUGACGAGCAAAUCCUCAAAGUCCAAGGGAUCAGGCAGCCCAAGAAAGAAGGCCGCAGCCGGUCUUACCAUCACCCCUGCUCAGACAUCAGCCGAUGGAAGCCCGGUCAAACCCGAAUACUUCUCACCUCUUCCUUCCUCAGCCCAACGCCCAAACACCUUUGCACGCCAGGCGUCUGCGAUGCGCAAGGAAGUCACCCCCGGCGAUCUGGCUACCACGCACGGUCACGACGCCGAUGUUGGCGACACAUACUACCGCCCUCUCAAGACUCCAGGCCUUCCCCGCAUGGACACCUGGCGAGGUCGCACACCUGUCAUGUCCACUACUUUUGGGGGAUCAAGACUAGAGUCUGACAUUGACGACGAGGGUGAUCUUCGUGACGCCCUCGUCAGCUGCAUUGCCAAAUCAAUCGGCCUCUUCCAGCCGGCCAACAGCCAGAUGGAGACCAGCCAAGGCCAGUCAUCGGUUGCUCCAUCUAUGGCCAUGUCUACCCAGGGCUCCCCAAUGUUCCAUCCAGCGCAGCGCAUUACCUCGAACGGUCGUCCUCCUUUUGGGAACGUCCUCGACAUGAUGAACGCCUCAACCCCCGACAACAACAACGUCAGCGGCCUCCUCCGGGAGAGCUUGCUCAAAGCGCGCGCAGACGAGGACGAAGCCAGCAGCGUUUCUGCAAGCUUCCGCGCUAGCAGUUUACACGGGGCAGGGAGCGACGUGAACCAAAAGAUCAUGAAAGACAUGGGCGAGCGCAUCGAGGUGCUUUACUUUAAGAAGGGCUCCGUUCUUGUCAAGCAGGGAGAGCGCUCCUCCGGUCUUUAUUAUGUCAUCGAUGGCUUCCUGGACAUAUCAAUUAAGACUGCGGGCGACCCAUGGGCAGAAGCUCCGACAGUCAGCGCUCAGAUGUCUAAACGUCCUUUCGGCGCCGCCAUGGGGCUGCGCGAGCCGCACUCGCCAACCGGUUGGCAGAAGCAGUCGAAGAAGGUAGAGGAGCAGCUCUUUACCAUCAAGCCUGGCGGUCUCGCAGGUUAUCUGGCAUCCCUUUGUGGUACUGAGUCAUACGUGAACAUCACAGCCAAGACUGAUUGCUUCGUUGGCUUCCUGCCCCAGAGCGCUCUCGAGCAGAUCAUGGAGCGCCGCCCCAUUGUUCUACUCACUCUGGCCAAGAGGCUGUUGUCACUUCUCUCACCACUUGUCCUCCACAUUGACGCCGGACUCGAUUGGAUUCAGCUGGAUGCCGGGCAGAUCUUGUACGAGAAAGGAGAACAGGCAACUGAUUUCUACAUUGUCAUCAACGGCCGCCUGCGAUCCGUGGUCAAGAAACCGGAGAGCGAGAGUGUAGACGUGAUACAAGAGUACGGUCAGAAUGACUCCAUCGGUGAAUUAGACGUCAUGACUGGACACCCUCGUUCCAACACCGUACAGGCCAUCCGAGAGACUGAACUCGUUCGCAUCCCCGCAGCGCUCUUUGAUGCCCUCAGCAUGCGUCACCCGGCUACAACAGUCCAGUUUAUGCGUCUCAUCGCAGGUGAGGUGCGCAAGCACGCCAACGAACAGCAUGCUGCGAUACACCAUGCCAGUAACAUGUCACACGAGCUGCGCGCCGACAUGAACCUGAAAACGGUCUGUAUUCUUGGUAACAACCGCAACGUGCCAGUAGCACAAUUCGCAGCCAAGCUCAAGGCAUCACUGGAGGAGAUCGGUGCACCUGCCUCGUAUCUUGACCAGGCGACGGUUAUGCGGCAUCUCGGGCGCCACGCCUUUACGCGCAUGGGUGCGCUCAAGAUAGCUGGGUGGCUGUCCGAUCAAGAGCAGCGUCACCGUGUAGUUCUCUAUGUGGCGGACUCUACUCCGUCAAGCCAGUGGACGAUGACGUGCAUUCGGCAGGCCGAUCUCGUGCUUGUCCUUGGUAUGGGCGACGACCCCGCGCUGGGAGAGUACGAGAAGCUUUUGAUGGCCAUGAAGUCGUACGCUCGCAAGGAACUGAUUCUGCUGCAUGACGACCGGACUGUUCCUCCUGGUUCGACCCGCCUUUGGCUGAGGCUGCGUCCGUGGUUGCAGGCGCAUCACCACGUGGAGAUGCCUGGUGUCGUUACGACGUCAAAGCCUGGCAAGGUUCAUGACCCUGCUGCUGUCGCUGCGUUCAAGCAUCUCCGCGAGCGCGUGGAGACAAGCAUCAAGAAGUACCGCGGGCUUCGUCCUCUCGAUCGCCCCCGCCGGCCACAGCACAUGAACGACUUUGCUCGUAUUGCUCGCCGCAUCUGUGGAAAGCAGGUCGGGCUGUGUCUCAGUGGUGGUGGCGCCCGCGGCAUUUCGCAUGUGGGCAUGCUUCAGGCGUUAGAGGAGUACGGAGUACCCAUUGACGCCAUUGCCGGCUGCUCCAUUGGCGCUAUGGUGGGCGGCUUGUACUCUCGCGAGACCGACCUUCUCCAGGUUGUCGGCCGUCUCAAGCAGUUUGCGGGCCGUAUGGGCUCUCUCUUCCGCAUCCUGAGUGACGUGACGUACCCUCACGUUGCUUACACCACUGGUCACGAGUUCAACCGCGGUAUCUAUAAGGCGUUCUACAACACUCACAUUGAGGACUUCUGGAUUCCCUUCUACUGCAACUCGACCAACAUCACGCACUCCCGCAUGGAGAUACACCGCUCUGGCUAUGCCUGGCGCUUUGUCCGCGCUUCGAUGACGCUGGCUGGUCUACUGCCUCCUCUGUCUGAGAACGGCAUGCUUCUUGUUGAUGGUGGUUACAUGGACAACACACCCAUUGGGCCGUUGCGUGCGAGCGGCAUUCGCGAUAUUAUUGUCGUGGAUGUCGGCUCCAUUGACGACACAUCGCCCCGUGUGUACGGCGAUUCAGUGUCAGGCUGGUGGCUCUUCAUUCAGAGAUUCAACCCCUUCUACAAAGCCGUUGUGCCGUCGAUGACGGAGAUCUCCUCCCGCUUGACUUACGUGUCGAGCGUCAAGCAGCUUGAGGACGUAAAGAACGACCCCCACUGCCGGUACAUGGCGAUGCCAGUGCAGCAGUUUGAAACGCUUGGCGGCUUCAAGCAGUUCCCAGAGGUGCGGCAGAUCGGUCACGAUGCCGCGCGCAAGAAGCUCAAGGAGUGGUCCCUCGAGGGCGUCCUUCCCAGAGGCAUAGUCGACGGAUAUAAGCCGCCACAGAUGAGGCGGCGCGGCACGCGUGUGCGGCGCAUGUCCAUCUAGACGCGCCGCCUGCGCCUGCCUGUGUAUAGACACAUCAAUAGAAGACAUCUUCCAGAUCACGCGAGUCAUGUAGGGGACAACCUUGUGGCAUGUACAACACUACUGCAUAUAUUGGACAAGUAGAUGGAUUGUGGUG